AGGCCGGCCCCGCCCCGCGGCUCCGGUUUCAGCCGCUGCUACAGGGACCCCCAAGAUGGAAACGCAGGGGCUGCCCGCCGCGGAGGCGGCCCGGGCCCGGCCCGGCGCGCAACAUGGCGGCCCUCCCGCGCCGCCCGCUGCCCCGCGCCGCCCUCCGCCGCCGCCUGACUGGGAGCCGGCGGCCCCCGCCGCCUCCUCCUCCUCCGCCGCUUCAGGCCUUUACGUGAGCUUCCCGGUGCUGCUGGUGGAGGAGAAGUCGGAGUCCGGCGCCAGCCCGGCGCCCAGCCCCUGUGCGCCGCCGGCGGGGCCUGCGCCCGACAACGACGGGCUCCUGCUCGUUUUCAACGUUGUGCGCGGCGCGGCCGAGGCCGGCGGUGGCGAAGCAGGGCGCGCCCAGCCCGGCCCGCCGCCCGCUGAGCCGCCAGAGGAGGCCUCCGGCUCUGCGCCGCCGCCGCCGCCCCCUCCUCCCCCGCCGCCGCCCCCCGCCGGCAGCGAUGGCGGUGGUGGGGCUGAGGACGGAUCCUUCUCGGGGACCAUCACCAUCAACAACCAGAGCCUGGUGGUGCGCAUCGAGAACGGCGUCCUGACGCUGGGGCCCGGCGCCGAGCAGGCCGCGGGCGCCGCCCCGCCGCCGGCCGCUCCGCCACCGCCACCCGCCGCCGCCAGCCCCGCCGAGCCGCCUGGCGGGCCGCGGCCGCGCUCACCGCCGGCCUUCCCCUGCCCGGAGCCGCGUUGCGGCGAGGCCUUCCCCCGCAAGCAGCAGCUGCGGCUGCACCGCCUCUCGGCGCACGGCGGCGGCGGGGAGGACGGCCGGGGGGCGGCGGCGCGGCCCUUCGGCUGCCCUGUACCGGGCUGCGCUUGGUCCUUCGCCACGGCCUACAAGCUGCGGCGGCACCUGCACUCGCACGACAAGCUGCGGCCCUUCGUCUGCGCGGCGCCAGGCUGCGCCAAGCGCUUUACCACCGUCUACAACCUGCGGGCCCACAGCCGCGCCCACGAGCAGGAGGCGGCGCACAAGUGCGAGGCGUGCGGGCAGCGCUUCCCCAGCGCCGCCCGCCUCGCCGCCCACCGCCGCCGCAGCCACCUGGAGCCCGAGCGGCCCUACCGCUGCGACUUCCCGGGCUGUGAAAGAACGUUUAUCACAGUGAGUGCAUUAUUCUCCCAUAAUCGAGCACACUUCAGAGAGCAAGAGCAGUUCUCCUGUUCAUUCCCUGGCUGUAACAAGCAGUAUGACAAAGCCUGCAGACUGAAAAUCCACAUGAGGAGUCACACAGGUGAAAGGCCUUUUAUCUGUGACUUUGAAGGCUGUGGCUGGUCUUUUACCAGUAUGUCUAAGCUGCUGAGACAUAAAAGGAAACACGAAGACGACAGGAGAUUUAUGUGCCCAGUAGAAGGCUGUGGCAAGUCCUUCACAAGAGCAGAACACUUGAAAGGCCACAGUAUAACCCACCUCGGUACAAAGCCAUUUGAGUGUCCAGUAGAAGGCUGCUGUGCAAAAUUUUCAGCACGAAGUAGUUUGUAUAUUCACUCCAAAAAACAUCUUCAGGACGUGGACUCAUUAAAGACUCGUUGUCCUGUAUCAAGCUGUAAUAAAUUGUUCACUUCCAAGCACAGUAUGAAGACACACAUGGUCAAACAGCAUAACUUCAGCCCAGAUCUUCUAACUCAGCUCGAAGCAACCAGUUCCCUCACACCCAGCAGUGAACUCACUAGUCCGGGACAGAGCGAUCUCAGCAACAUAGACCUCGUAUCCUUGUUCUCCAACGUGUCCAGUAACAAUUCUGGAAUUGCAACAGACAUGACACUUGUGAACUCUGGGAUUGUCACGAUUGAUGUUGCUUCGGUGGGCCCCACGCUUGGAGGAAACCUGCCUGUCAGUAGCAAUUCUUUAAGCCAGGCAGUUGAUCCCUUGAUACUGGUGGCUAGCAGUGAUAUGCCACAGAGCUUGGACAGUUCUCUCUUGCUGGGGACCAGCGCAACGGUUCUCCAGCAAAGCACUUUAAACUUGGAUGAUGUACAGACUGUCAAUGCAGAAGCCUUGGGUUCGCUAGCAUCACUGUCGGUGAGGAAUUCCAGUCAAGAUGUGCACAGUUUGAUGUCCAGCAAUAAUUUAGCAAUUGACACAGCCACUUUGACUCCUUCUAGUAGCCUUGGUGGUACCAAUGUGCCUGAGUUACUAACACCAAGUAAAGCUGAACGGAAUUUGCUUCCUAGCUCAGACGUCGUUGGUCAACAAGAGGGCAGCAAAGUAGUGACGCAGUUUGUCUUCUCCAACCCUCCAGGGAGCUACAGUGCACAGAAAGAAAUGGAUCUUGGCACAGUGACUGGCAGCUCAUUUUUGGAGAGCAGUGGGUCUGCGAGAACAGAUUACAGAGCCAUUCAGCUAGCCAAGAAAAGGAAACAAAAAGGGAAUGGGAGCAGCACAGGGGCAUCUGGCUCUGGUCAGAGAAAAAGCAAGGGUGGUAAAGUAAGCCCUACCACCUUCUCGUCAUCUGCUCCUGGCAGUCGACUUGGUGGCAACAUAGUUCUGCCAAAUGGAGGGCUGACAAUAAGGGACCCUGCCACUGGAGCCCAGUAUGUGCAAAUUCAGCUUCUUCAGGAUGAUUCCCCAGGAGAGGGAGAUUUGCCUUUCCAGCUGAGCUCUCAGUCCUCCUCAUCACACUCUCAGCUUCCGGUGGAUUUACCUGUUCACAUACUUCAGGAAGCGCACAAUUCCACUGAGGAUGAUGCAGGCUCUGAUAACUCUCAGUUCACUGGAAGCACAAUAAACUUGCAGGAUCUGGAGUGACCAUCACUAAGGACAGCUACUUGAAAGCCAAUUGGGCAAUCAUGUCUUGCCAGAGUGAGAUCACUGCCUGGGUCUUUCUCCAAGGAAAAGGUGAACACAGGAGUGCCGGAUGAUGGCUGCAUUCUUUUGCAAUUUGCUAAGGACAGUUGCAACUGCAUGGUUUUCUGCAGAAGUGUAAAUCCCACUUGAUGUGCCUGUGUAAGAUGCCCUGUCUGCCUGUCUGGUUGGAGAGACCGAGGCAGACUGCUGUACAGCGUUGUUUCAGGGAGAAGUACUGUAUUAAACUUCAAACUGAGGUAAUAUUUACUGUUUUCACAGAAAGCAAGUAUUCUACAGCUAAUGACUACAAAUUUAUAAUCCUGCCUAUGACAGUUAAAAACUUUCCUUCUGUUGCUCUCCUGCUGGAGCCAGUGGCACUGAGGAAUUAACAGCUAAAAUGUGCAAGUGUUUUCCACACACAGAAACAAUGAUUUCGGUCCCCCGUUUUUGGCAGAAAUUUGGAAUAAGUGUCACAUGUAACAAGAUUGCUGUCCUAGGCCAUGAAAAUGAGAUGCUCUAGGAUCUUUGUUAUAGAAAGCUAGACUCUUAAAUGUUAACUUAGCUGUGAAUCAGUUUGUAGCUCAUGUUGAGUUUCUCCCGUUCCUUGCUCCUGCAUCCCAAAUACUUUGCUGAAUUCUUCCAGCAAAAACUUGAAAACUGCAAUAGAACUGUGCUCACUAAGUGAUCAGCUGAGAGUCCAACAGCAUCCAAGAGAGGUUUGUUUUAUCUUGGUGUUCCCUGUUUCGGGAGGAAUGUCGAGUGUCACGUAAAUUUAAGCACCUUGAUAUCUUACGUCCUCUAUAAACUCCUGCCAAGUUACCUGUAAACUGGCCCCUCCUGGGUUGGGUUGGGUUGGUUCUUGGUGGUUUUUGUUCAAAGCAACGCUGUUAACGUUUGUUCUUGGUUGCUAUCCCAGAGCGUCACAUGCACGUGGAGCUUCCAGCUGGUUUACAGAAUCUGCAGUUGUGAGUUUAUUUUAGGAGGAGAAAAGAAAAUUGUUACCUAGGAAGAUUGGCCCCACUGAAAACCUGCAG